GUCACAUUUUUGUUAUUGACAAAUCCUUUAUAUAUUCACCUUUAUUUGCAGUUGCUAGCAUCCUCACCUGAUUUUCCGUUGUGGUGUUCGAAGCAUUUUGAUAAGCACAGUCACCGGAAAGAGCUGAGGCCACAAUGUUUUCCGAUAAUGCGCUGGCCGGUGAUAUAUGUGCUACUGUCAUUACAGCUGCUGUUGCUUCUUGUGUUCUUCGACUUUGGGAAGAAACUGCCAAGCGAGGCAUUUUCGAGCAGAAAGUUAACAGGAAGAUGGUGCAUAUAAGCUUUGGUUUAGUAUUCAUGCUUUGCUGGCCGAUGUACAGUUCCGGUCAUCAAGGAGCACUUUUUGCAGCUCUCAUCCCUGGACUGAACAUUGUUAAAAUGCUUCUUAUGGGAUUAGGAAUAUGGAAAGACGAGGCUACGGUUAAAUCCAUGAGCAGAUUUGGAGACUACAGGGAACUUCUGAAGGGUCCCCUAUACUAUGUUUUAACUAUUUCUAUAGCUUGCACGGUUUAUUGGAGAAGUUCCCCAAUUACAAUUGCAGCAAUUUGCAACCUCUGUGCUGGAGAUGGAGUGGCUGACAUCAUCGGAAGGAAGUUUGGAAGCCAAAAGCUCCCUUACAACAGUGAUAAAUCCAUUGCUGGUAGUGUUGCAAUGCUUAUUGCUGGUUUCAUCGCGUCUGUCGGGUACAUGCAUUAUUUCUCCUCAUUUGGCUACCUCGAGGAGAGUUGGGAAAUGGUUCUCGGUUUCUUUGUUGCUUCUUUUGCAUCGACGCUCGUAGAAUCCCACCCUUUAAGCACAGUGCUGGAUGAUAAUCUAACAGUUGGCCUUGCCACUUUAGUGGUAGGAAGUUUUGUGUUCUAGUUGUGUAUUGUACUUGAGCAGAGAAGUUUCUACUGGGAAACAAUAUUUACUGUUGUCUGUCAUUGUAAUUUGUUGGCCAAUUAUAUAAACACCCCUAUUUCAAGAA